AUGUUAUGAUUAUUUUUAAUAUAUUAUGAUCAUUUUUCAGAACGAACCUCCCAACUAAACAACUGCACUAUUAAUCUAUAUUAAAUCCUCUGAAAUAUAGGGAUCUUAACAGCUACACUAUUAAUCUAUUCCUAUAUUUCUGAGGGCUUUGCAAACAGUCGAAGAACUCUUUAAUAGCUUAGCUUGUAGAGAAUUUUUCAAGCUACUCAAUCAUGUAUUUCAUAAUUCAAAUCAUAUACAAAUACGCGGAAAAAGUUCUCGUUACCUAUUACAUAGGUCAUCUUUAAUGGAUGACCCCUGAGUAUCGGACUAUGCGGACAAAAGAGACUAAAAUGACCAAAACGUGAUCAAAACUUUAUGAAAAUACUUUUCUGCUACUUCUGGAACCAUGUCAGAUCCAAAAACAGAAUGGACCGAUUCACUGGCUUACAUGGGACCUUCCUUUCUCAAGUAGUAAAUGUGUUUUGAUUAUAUCAUUUUUCUGUUUUAAGGCCGUGCUGCAGUUCAUGACACAUGUGCACAUUUUAAUACAACAGCAUUUCAGUCGAUGAGAGGAUAUUUUCAAGUAAAAUUAUUAGAAGAAAUGAAGGAAUCUUUCACGCCAUUUCAUGCAAUACUAAGAGAUUUACAGGUCAAUAAUGUACGACGACCUAAUGAUUUUGAAGCAGCUGUAAAAGAUAAAGAAGCAGCGAAAGAAAAUAUCAAGAUUGCUGAAAAUGAACGCCCAAAAUUGUUGACACAAGCGCGUACUGAAUAUGAAAAAGCUGAAAAGCAAGCACAGAUUAUCCAAGAACGUGCGCUAACCGAUAGCAAUAUAAUAAAACGACAAGCUGAAGCAGAAGCACAAGCUGUACGUACCCGUUAUCGUACUGAAACAGAUACUUACUUUGAAUUAAAAGACAAAAUGAAAUUAAGUGUUGCUUCAUUGCUCAAUUACAUGGCCAUACGUGUCAUUGGUACAUCGAAAAAUGAUGUCUAUAUUAAUCUUAAAUCUCCAGCACAACUAAAAUAUGAUUUAUAA